AUGAUGUACUCAGAGUAUGAAAAUAAUGUUGAUCCCAUCACAAGGAAGGCAUCUUCAUCCGAAGUUCUUGUCGACUACGAGCAGAACAGUGACGAGGAUACCGUUGCAACAGCAUUCCUCAAGACAUCAUGGAAAUCUGUUGAAUCAUCGAUGGAGUCUUCACCGAAACCUUCCAAGACCCGCUUUAGUUGGUGGGCGCUGAACGGUGAGGAACCGAUCACAAGCCAUUCCAUCAAGAAAAGGAACAAGAAAGCCAAAACUAGACACAGCUGCCCCGUUACUGAAACCGAGCACAAGGAGACCAUCAAGUGUAUCAACAAGUCUCUCGACAAGAAGAAGAAGAAAAGGAGCAAGUCCAAGAGUGACAAGAAGAAGAGCAAAAAUACCAAGAGAAAACAAAGAAAAGAAAAGAAAUACUCAUCAGGCGCAUCCGAAAGUGCUGCUACUCACUCAACGGCAGCAAUGACAGCUCUAUCUGCCGAAACCAUGGAACAGGAGGCUUCUACUCUGCAAUUAGACGCAGCUCUGGCACUCCAAAUCAAUGCACGAAAACUCCACCAACUAGCGAGGUUGCAAGAGAGCUUUGAAAAUCAUCAAGACGAGCUACUAGUAUCGGAACAUGAAACCGAUCCUCCAUUGAGUUUGGAAACUCUUUUUCAUGGAUGUGCUGCUUUAAAUAACGAAAAAGAGGAAGACUUUGACGAAUACGAAGAAGAAACCAUUCACGGAGAAGGCGAAGAAGUGAUUUGUGAGUACUAUGAACAAAAAGUUUCAUCCCCAAAACCAUUGAGGACCAGACGACUAAGUCUGUGA